AUGAGUCAAGACUUUUUCAAGGAAUGCAGAGACAUUCUGGAUGAACACCACGAUAGAAGAGAACGUAUUAUAAAAGUGUCUAGAGAUAUUACUGCUUCAAGCAAAAAGAUGAUAUUUGCACUUCACAGAGCCAUCAAUCAAGCGGGCGGUGACCGUACAAAAGCAAAGUUCAAGGAAGCAGAAACCAAGUUGAAGGAAAUCAUGGCCUUGUUUAAGAAGCUAUCUGUUGAUAUACAGGGAUUGAACUACUUUAGAUACGCAAGAAGUUUCUCGGGCGCCUUUGAAGAGUUUGUUGAAGCAGUGGCAUUCCAUCAUUAUUUACUACACGAAAAAGUCAUUACAAAACAAGAAAUAGAUACUUAUUUUGAAGAUGAAGAGAACGGAAAGUGGUUAAGCGUCAGAGGUGAAGACUAUAUUCUUGGCUUAGGUGAUUUGACAGGUGAACUUAUGAGAUACGCAAUCCAAAUUGUAUCUUCUGGAAAAUAUGAACAAGCCAUGACUAUUUGCAAAACCUUGAGAGAGAUUGAUCAAGACUUCGAAUUGAUUGCAAGCGCAUAUUUACCUAUUUUACAUAAAAAGAUGGGAGCCUUGAGAGCAAGCAUUAAGAAAGUAGAGCAAGCGUGCUACACGUUUCAAAUAAGAGGAAGCGAGUAUCCAAAAGAAAUGUACAUGACAAUCAUUAAAAAUCAUCAAGAAAACUAUGAACAACAACAGCAGCAACAGGAAGAAUAA